AUGGCCAUCAAGAUCAUCAAGAAGCGCACCAAGCAUUUCAAGCGCCACCAGUCGGAUCGUUAUGUUAGCGUGAAGGAGGCAUGGAGAAAGCCCAAGGGUAUCGAUAACAGAGUUAGACGUCGCUUCAAGGGCCAAACACCCAUGCCCAAGAUUGGCUACGGCAGCAACAAAAAGACACGCCAUCUCCUCCCCAGCGGUCUCAAGAAAUUCGUUGUUAACAACGUCCGGGAAGUCGACCUUCUCCUCAUGCACAACAAAAGCUUCGCCGCCGAGAUCGCUCACAACGUCAGCAGCCGUAACCGGACUGUCAUCCUUGAGCGGGCGAAGGCUUUGGGUAUCAAGGUUACAAACGCUGCUGCUCGUCUGCGGUCAGAGGAGAAAGACGUCAGGUCAGCUUCUCAUGCCGGAUCCUGGUACACUGACAACCGGGACGAGCUCAACGAGGAAUUGGAGGGCUGGCUAGAAGCUGUAGGGCCCUCCGAGGACUUCCCCGUCGCAGGGAGCAAAGCCAUAAUCGCACCACACGCGGGUUACUCGUACUCUGGUCCUGCAGCCGCGUGGGCGUACAAGAGCAUUGACACCACUGACAUCAAGCGUGUUUUCAUCCUUGGACCUUCUCACCACUUCUAUCUCGAAGGAUGUGCCCUCUCUCGAUGCAAAGAAUACGAGACCCCCAUCGGAAAUCUUCCUCUGGACAUUGACACUAUCAACGAGCUUCGCGCGACUAACGAAUUCGAAGACCUUUCCUUGAAGGCUGAUGAAGCAGAGCAUAGCCUCGAAAUGCACCUACCUUAUGUUCGCAAGAUCUUUGAGGGGUUGUGGGCCCACAGUCAAGAUAUCUCCAUCGUGCCUAUUGUCGUUGGCGCAAUCUCCAAGUCAUUGGAAGCUUCAUACGGCAAACUCUUGGCCCCAUUCUUGAGCAGGGAAGAUACUUUCUGCGUGGUUUCGAGCGACUUCUGCCAUUGGGGGACGAGGUUCUCAUAUACAUACUACUACCCAGAGCCCGCACCCAGCGACAAACCUGGAAUCAAUCUAACUCGCUCCGUUCAACCCUCGACAUCGCAUCGCAUCCACAAGUCGAUCGAACGGUUAGACCGCGAAGCCAUGGAUCUCCUGGCCAUGCCGCCCUCCUCCGCAAAGGAUGCUCACGCCAACUUCGCAGAGUAUCUUGUACAGACUCACAAUACCAUCUGUGGACGGCAUCCGAUUGGAGUUCUUCUUGGUGCAUUGGCGGAAUUAGAGGAGUCACGGAAAUCGACGCUGAAAUGGGUCAGAUACGAACAGAGCAGUGCCUGUGUCAAUAUCGCCGACUCGAGUGUUAGUUAUGCAAGUGCAUGGGUACGGUUUUGA